CACACAAGCGCAAAGCAUUAUUCGCAUCAGCGGCCAUGUCGUCCGCUAGUACAGCGCUGCCCACGGUGCCCGUUUACGACUACGCCAUCUUUCUGACUCUCACGGCUCUCAGUUUGGGCACCGGACUGUACCUGUCCUUACGACGACGUGGCCGUGGCAUUAGUACCAGGGAUGAGGCGUUUCUGGGAAGCCGGUCGCUGCACGCGAUCCCGCUGGCCAUGUCGAUGGUGGCGACGAACGUCACCGCGAUGGGCACGAUCGGGUGGGUGGCCUACUUCUACCAGUACGGCUUCCACACGUACUGGUGCAUACCGGCGUUCGUGCCAGCGGGGCUCCUCGUCGUCUGCUUCGUACUGCCCGUGCUGUACGAGCUUCGGGUGACUUCCAUCUUCGAGCAAACUUCAGGCGCGGCCGGCAUCUACAGUGCAGCGAUCGCCUUGGCCACAACAUUCGGGAUAUCGCUGUCGGUGUCAACUAUUCUGAUCGGCGUCGCUGGCACCACCUACACAGCACUGGGUGGCCUGCGAAGUGUCGUUUGGGCCGAUUGCGUGCAAGCGGUUAUCAUGACAGCCGCGCCACUUACAAUCAUCGGAAAGAUCGUCUACGACUCAGUGCACAGUGCCACUCCGCCGAGGCCCCUCAGCGACUUGAACUUCUCGGAGAUUAUUGUUCGAACGGAAUUCGACUUCACCACUGAUGAAACCGUGUGGGCUGCCUUUCUAGGGGCAUUUCCCGUUCAACUCAUGCGAGUGGGCUUGGACCAGGUGAUCGCUCAGCGAUUUCUGGCCGCGAGGUCGCUGAAGCAGGCAAGAAUAAGCCAGCAACAGCAGCCACGGUAA